AUGGCGACGACCGCUUUCAAGGCCGUCGGCAGGAUGGAUGCUCAAGAAACCUCACCAAAACCCCACAUCAUCAUGGAACUCGACGAGAAGUACGCCCGCGCCGCAGAACGCCGCUUCAGCAGCAUCAGGGAGACAAGCAAACAUCAGAGCCGCCAGUUCAAGGCAGGCGGCCAAACUCCGCCGUCUGGCGAGCGAUUGGCUAAGUGGCAGAGACCUAACGCCGUAUCAGACGACGACGACGACGACGACAACGACAGCAUCAACAUCAACACCAACAGCCAAGCCCGUCACCAAGGACCACUGCCCCAUCCAGCAGACACAAGCCACCGCGUGUCGUACGUCCAGGUCAACAAUCGCAAUACUAGUAACUAUCACGUCCAGAACGUGCACCACCAGGGCCGACAGGAGGGGGGGAACUCAGACUCUUCUUACUCGCACCGCAUCAAGGACAACCAAGGCACGCCGCACCACCACCACCAACACCACUGUCCAGCCGCCCUAGCCACAGAGGGCUUCGCAGCAAGGCUCUUACACGCCGUUGUUUUCGCCAUUUCGCGCGUCAUCUUGCAGCCUGCGCUGUGGUUCGUUGACCGCGUCGGCUUGCCCAUCGGCUUAGCCAUCCUCAUCUUCGCAGCGCUUCUACAGUUCUCAAUGCUGGCGCUUACCCACGCGCCUGUGAUCGGCAGCUACAUCCCCGUCCCGACCGACGUGCUCUGCGUCUCGAUGGGCGUUUUGUGCCGGGCGGGAGAUGGUUGUGGCAGCGGCAGUGGUGGCGGCAGCAGCGGCGGCAACACCCCCGGCCAGCAUCGAAACCCGGCGACGACAUCUUGGCACGUGCCGCCUCUCACGGCAGUGCGCCCCGUUAACCGCACAAUGCCUCCCUCCCUCCGUCUUUCCGUUCCAGGGCUCGACAUGCUGGCCGACCUGUCGGCUGACAUUGAGGUGCCUCCCAGCGGCCGCGAUAUCUUCAAUCACGCGCACUUCUUGAAGGUGCAGCAGGAGAAGCAGCUUGAGCUGCAUGAGAUCCGCCAGAAGGUGAAAACAACCAACGAAAUGGUCUACGCUGCGCUGAUGGGCGCUGCCACGCGCGCUGCGCGUCUCCGUCAGCAUCAGCAGCAGCAGUCGUCUACUAGCAUCGACAGUCUUGUCCCGUCUUGGUGGUCUCGUCUGGCGGGUAGCAUCGACAAGAAGGCCCGCCGACAGGCUCAGAGACAGACCAAGGACGUCAGGAGCAUCUUGAACGCUCAUCGGGUGGCCCGGGCAGCGCUGCUCGACAGCGGGUUAUUUGAGCAUCGCCUGACCAACGAGUAUGACUCCAGCAUCUGCAGGCUGCGCGACAACGCACGCAGGGAAUCAGAGCAGAGCAUCCGAGUGAAGAAGCAUAACGCUGCGCAGUCCAAGACUGUCCGGGACAUGAACAGCAACAACAACAACAACAACAACAAUAAUAAUGACGAAGACGACAAUGAAAAUAACGACAGCAAUGGUAAUAGCUGGUUUGACACCCACCGCAAAGCCCUUCUGGUCUGCGAGGGGAGCCGCUUCGUACUGGCCCGUGUCGAGGGGCUGGUCCGCAACGUCAACGCGGACAUUGCGUGGUUGGGGAUGGCUGUGAACCGGCUGGACGGGGUGCAGAAGCAGCUGGACGACAGGGAGCUUGGGAGCGCGGACGUGACCGAUCUCGAGCUGGAGGUCGUCACCAUAGCAGAGGAGUACCGGACGUAUCUGGUCGAGAAGUACUACGAGAAGACGCCGGUUGUGUCGGGCUCGGCCGAGUAUUGA